AUGCAACGAGAGCCGGUGGUCUACGGUUCAGGCGAGAAGAUGGAGCUUCUCCGCCAUUGCUCGAACAACGAUGCAUGGCGGCGGAAAGUCGAGGGUCGUGUAGGUGCUAUGCUAUACGAGCAACACGGUAUGCUAAUAGCUGGCGAUGGUAUUGGCCGCGAGGUUAUUCCAGCUGGCCGACGACUAUUAGAAGCUCUGCCAGCCUCUCUCGGCCUCAACUUCUCGUUCGUGGACCUCGACGCUGGCUUCGAAACUUUCAAGCAGACGGGUGUCGCUCUACCUGACAAGACUGUCGAAACCCUCAAAAAGGAAUGCGAUGGCGCAUUGUUUGGUGCAGUGAGCUCGCCAACCACACCGACAAAAGGCUAUAGCAGUCCAAUUGUCGCCCUCCGCAAAAAGCUCGAUCUCUAUGCCAAUGUUCGCCCUGUGAAAUCGGUCGCACCAACGCCUGCUUUCCCGGACCCAAUCGAUCUAGUCAUUGUUCGCGAGAACACAGAAGAUCUCUAUGUCAAGGAAGAGAAGACGUACGAUGGCGAGAAGGGUAAGGUAGCGGAAGCUAUCAAACGGAUCUCUGAACAUGCCUCGUCUCGAAUUGCGACAAUGGCGGGAGACAUUGCUGUACGGAGACAGAAGGUCAGACAGACAACGGGGCAAAUUGGGCAAAAGUCGAUGGUUACUAUCACGCACAAGAGCAACGUCCUCUCGCAGACCGAUGGUCUUUUCCGUCAAACCGCACGAAAGGCUCUGGAACAGCCUCGAUUCAAGGAUGCUGGUAUAGUGAUCGAUGAGCAGAUCGUAGACUCCAUGGUUUACAAGCUCUUUCGCGAGCCAAGUACGUACGAUAUUAUUGUGGCACCCAACCUUUACGGCGAUAUCCUGUCAGAUGGUGCGGCAGCUCUGGUCGGAUCUUUGGGCCUCGUACCAUCGGCCAAUGUGGGAGACGGCUUCGCCAUCGGAGAGCCUUGCCACGGCUCAGCUCCUGACAUUCAAGGCAAAGGCAUUGCAAACCCAAUCGCAACUCUACGCAGCGUUGCGCUCAUGCUUGAGUUCAUGAACCAUGAGGAGGCUGCUGCAAGGAUUUACCAGGCGGUCGAUGGAAAUCUCGCUGACGGAAAGCUGCUGAGUCCUGACAUGGGCGGCAAGGCUACAACGGAAGAAGUUCUGAACGACGUGAUCAGACGUUUAUGAUAUGUAGAGGGAGCUAUAUAAGACCCGUCCACGCACCAUGCUAUUGAAAUCCUACGAACUUUUGAGCGGCG